AUGGACGAUAAUCACUAUCUCACUACCUACGAGGCGGCAUUGGCUGUUGUUGCCACGGGGAUGAAAAAGUCGCGGCUAAAGCCAGAUACGUUACUUAUAAAUGCCAUCGUGGGUGCCAUUCUAUUUUCAGUCGGUGGAAUGCUUAAUCUACUAGUUCAUUCAAUGUUGCCAUCAAUUAGCGAGAAUAAUCCUGGUUUACUUAGGUUUCUACUGGGGUCUUUCUAUCCAAUAGGGCUAUUUUACGUCGUCAUUAUGGGAGCAGAAUUGUUCAAUGCAAACGUUCUUUUUUUCACAGUCGCCUUAUGUCGACGCGGAGUAUCGGUAUUGGACUUGGUAAUAAAUUGGUUGGUCUCCUGGUGGUUUAACCUCGUGGGAAACAUUUUUGUCGGAUAUAUCAUUAGUCAUUAUUCCAAUACGACUACAAGCCAGGCGUUUAUUGGUGGAACUCACGAAGUUUUAGCAUCGAAAAUGGAGUACUCGUUCGUAGAGAACUUGCUCAAGGGUAUUGCGGGAAACUUUUUUGUUAGCUUGGCAAUCUACUUGCAAAUCAUGGCUAAACCAUUGCAUGUGAAAUUCCUCAUGUUGUAUUUACCAGUUUUCUCCUUCAUCUCAUUGGAUUUUACACAUUGUGUUGCUGACCAGUAUCUUGUUGUUCUUGGCAAAAUCAACCAUUCUUCUGAACCCUGGGGUGAAAUCUGCUGGAAGCUCUUGUUGCCCGGAACCAUUGGAAACAUUAUUGGAGGCACAUUUUUUGGCAUAGUGAUAUGUUGGUAUAUGCAUAUAUACGUGGUUGAACGGGACAAGAAAGAAUUGAAUUUGCCACAAUAUGAAUUCAGAGAUCAACAGCCUGAAUUGAUGCAAGACUCAAGAGUUGUACGGCAAAAAGACCCCGUUCUCCAUGAUGAUGUUGAAGUCAAUAAGGACAAUGAAGAAAAAAAUUCGGUUUCCAAUUCCAAUGGUUCUACUGAAUCAGAGAUGUUAGAAUCUCAAUCUAAUCUUGAACCACGACCAUACCUCGAAUCUCACGCUUCUGCAACUUCUAGACUUAGUAACAGACGAAGAGGCUCGCUAGCUUCCGUCCGGUCGCCCAAAAACGUUUUCCCAGUCUAUGGUAUGGAUGAGCCACUAACUAGGGAGCGCACGAUCGCUGGCGACCAUGCGCAUGAUAAUGAGAUUAAUGAUGAGAUAGAUGAUGAGAACAGCAUUGCCAAUGAAGCUCGUUCCAUAGGGUCGCACUUGGUUCGGAUGCUUACGAGGAGAUCAAGAAAGGAUGCAUCCACUGAUGUUUAG